AUGGAGCGCUCCGAAAUCAUACCCCAAACGAAAGCAGAUCUGGGAAGCGGCCAUCUGUUUUAUCAUUUCUCCCUGAGUACAGCGGAGACGAACGCCCCCAACCCAGGGUUUGAACACCAGAUCGCCUUCUUUGAGAGCCAUUUCACCGAGUUGAAAUAUGGUCUGCUCAGCGGUGCCUCCGGUAACGAAGACAACAACCUCCGGUGGUGUGUUGGUGGGACAUCGUACUGGGCGACCGAACUAGAAGCAAAAACGUGGUAUAACUUUGCCUAUGACAUCGACUUCGACGCACAGACUGUCGGUCUGUGGGCAUCAAAUGAGUCUCACCCCUUGACGCAAGUUGUGGCCGGUGUCAGUGCCUCGACUUCGACUAACUCGGCGGAUUGGCACAUCGGCGAAUUGAGGCUCGAUAAUGGAGGUUCGGACCCGGCGGCAGAGGAUUGGUUUUGGUCCGGUGUUUUUGUCGAGCAAGCUCCAAUCACAGCUGCUAUCGCAGGCCCUGAAGUAAAUUGA